AUGUCUAGCGAUCAUGAGCAAACCCUUGUUCGGAAGACGAGAAUCGGCAUCAUUGGUGCCGGGAUCAGCGGCAUCGCGGCCGCUAAAGAGCUCUCGAGCUACAACCCGACCGUCUUCGAAGCCACUGGCUCGAUCGGCGGCGUCUGGGAGCACUGCUCCUUCGCCUCCACGAGGCUCCAGACCCCUCGGUGCGACUUCGAGUUCUCGGACUACCCGUGGCCCGAGAGGGACAACGCCAGCUUCCCCACCCACGUCGAGAUACUGGACUACCUCCGGGGGUAUGCUGCGCACUUUGACGUGCUCAACUACGUCAAGUAUAACUCUAGGGUUGUGGAGAUUCGUUACGUCGGCGAGCAUGCGACGUUGGCUUCGCCCCGUCGUGAGCGCGGAAUGCUGAGCUCUACCGAGUUUGGCUCGUUGUUGAAAGGCCAACCCGUUUGGGAAGUCGCCGUAGAGACCGGCCCUUCGAAAACCAUUCAGUGGUAUGCCUUCGAGUUCAUCGUGAUGUGUAUCGGAAAGUAUGGCGACAUGCCGAGGAUGCCGGUUUUUCCCCGGGACAAAGGCCCGGAAGCGUUCCUAGGCGAGGUCUUGCAUGCCAUGGACUACGCGAGGCUCGACGAAGAUGGCGCGAAGAACCUGGUCAGAGGGAAGAAGGUGGCCGUCGUUGGCUACAAAAAAUCCGCCAUUGAUUUAGCCGUGGAGUGUGCGGAGGCCAACCAAGGGCCUGAGGGACAACCAUGUACGAUGGUGAUAAGGACCCUGCACUGGACGGUCCCUUCAUACUGGAUAUGGGGACUCCCAUUCUUCCUGUUCUACUCAACAAGAUCCUCCCAGUUCCUCCAUGAGAAGCCCAACCGGGGCUUGCUCUGGACCCUCUUGUGCCCUCUUCUUUCGCCUAUGAGGAGGGCAAUCUCAAAGUUCAUCGAGUCAUACUUGGUGUGGAAGCUGCCACUGGUGAAGUAUGGGCUGAAACCGAACCACCCAUUUGAGGAGGACUAUGCAUCUUGCCAGAUGGCCAUACUGCCCGAGAGCUUCUUCCCAGAGGCUGACAAGGGCAAGAUUCAGUUCAGGAGGGCUUCAUCCAGAUGGUGGUUCUGGAGUGGAGGGAUCGAGUUUGAGGACAGGUCCCAGCUGGAGGCGGAUGUGGUGAUCCUGGCCACUGGCUACGAUGGCAAGCGAAAGCUCCAGUCGUUGUUGCCUGAGCCUUUCAGGAGCUUGGUUGUGGACUCUUCUGGGGUCAUGCCUCUCUACAGAGGCACAAUCCACCCCAUGAUCCCAAACAUGGCCUUUGUGGGAUACAUCGAGAGCGUGUCGAAUCUUCACACGGCGGAGCUGAGGUGCAAGUGGCUGGCUCAGCUGGUCAAUGACAAGUUCAAGCUGCCCACAGUUGAGGCCAUGAUCAGGCAGGUAAGCCAGGAGAUGGAGGUGAUGAAGAGAGCCACCAGGUUCUACAAGAGGCAUUGCAUCUCCACCUUCAGCAUCGACCACAGCGACGAGCUCUGCCGAGAGAUGGGCUGGAGCCCAUGGAGGAAGAGCAACUGGCUCACCGAAGCCUUCAGCCCCUACAGCAGCCAAGACUAUGCAGACCAGAAGGCGACCAAGAAGAGUGACUAAGCCGAGAAGCAGUGGAGGGGCUGCUAUACUAGUGGAGAUUAGGACAGAGGAAUAAACUAAUAAAGGGCAGAUGAAAUGGGAUUGGUUUGCUAUAUGAGUUUCUGUUUUGACCAUUGGUGGUCUCUUGCGCAACUCUACUAUCUGUGAUAUUCUUGCUUGAUAUUAGUUGACAAAUUAUA